UUCUGUGAGGAAGUGGUCUAAACUGGUUUUUCUUUUUCACACACUGUGUGAUUGGAUAACAGGCAGAUCACCAGGGAUUUUCAAGAAUGGAACAUGGAAACAAGGGGAUAGCCCAAAGUACCACAGAAGAAACAAAUAACAGCAAGAAAGAACAAUCCCCUGACCAAGCAGUUACACAACAGGAGAUGUUACUAAUCUUAUCAAUGCCACAGGUUACUGGCAUGAGGAUACCAACAGGGAAUAUCGAGAGAGAGUCCCAAUUACAUGCAGAGGACAAAUGUCCUUUCUCUUUGGAGAUUGGAUUGAUGACUGGAUCACAGAGUGAUAGAGAGAUAGGGAGUGGUGACAACAUGAAAGGAAGCUCAAGUCUCAGCUCAAGCCAGGAAUCAAAUCCUCAGUUAUCUAUAUCUGAAUUAAAAACUCAGGACCUCAAAGAAGAAGCCCAAAAGAGCAAGGAGGAAGAAAUCUCUAUCCAAACAGAAUCACGCUUAGAAUUGUCAUUGUUCCUACCAAUGCAUACAAUUAUUGGGAAGAUGACAUCACGAGGGAUUGUGAGGGCAGUCCCAUACUCCAAAUGUAUGCUUUUUCCUGUGAUUCCUGGAUGUUGUUCUGGGCUACAGAGUGACACAGAAAAAGGGAGUGGUGAUACACUUCAGAUUGCCGCAAGCUCUCUUGACAAUACAAUAAAAAGCAAAGAAAAUGAUAACAUCGAAGAGGGGAAAAAAACCCUCUGUGAAGAAUCAGUGAUACUGACUUUUGACCCAGUGACUGAAAUAGAACCUAAGAAGGAAAUCGAGACUUGUGCUACUCAAACAGAGGAAGUAUCUACUCCACUAGUUUCUCAUAAAGCAGUACAGAUCCCUGAAGAGGCCACUCUGAAAUCCCAAGACCCAAGAAAUGAAUUACAAAGCCUAGAUCCCUUUUGGUCUAUUCCAAACUUGAGACAUAGAGGACCAUGUCAACAGGCCAAAGAAGAGACAUAUGGACCUUCAGGAACAUCUGGAUCAGAAGAGAUAGACAGUACAGUCUUGACCCAGAGGAGAGAGAGAAAGUCACUCUUGAAGGGAGAAAACUGCAAUACAGGAGACAUUCCCAAAAGUCAAAGUGAGGAGGUCAUUGGAGCAGCAAGUAAAAAUCUUUCUCCAGAUGAGAAGAGGAGGAAUUUGUCAGCACAUGAUUUAGUGAGAUUCGGUUCCAGGACCCUAGUGGGAGCUAGAAUAGCAAGGGAGGAAGACAUGGGAGCAGUUCGAGCCAAGAAAGAAAAAGAGAAUAAAGCUAUUAUUUUAACACACAACUUGGUGAGAUUCAGCUCAAGAACCAUAGUAGGGGCCAUAAAGGCAUCAGCUGUCACUGAAUGGGAAGAGGUAUCUGAAACCCAAGAUGAGAAGAAGAAUAUUUCUCCCUUCAUGAACCUGAAGAAAAGUUGGAAUCAUGUAUCCGAUGGAGAUGAAUCUGAUGACCCACUGGUGGAGGUGCUCAUAGGUUUUUCCCUUGGGAAUUCCCUUGGGAUAUGAAAGUAAACUCAGAUUCUAAAGAGAAGAAUAAACUUCCAAUACACAACAGUCCUAACAUGGGGGAAAAGAUCUCAGUUAUAAAUAUAGCUAUGAAUAAAUGUUGUGUAUGUGAUUAUUCUCUAGCAAGUGAUA